UAGAUGGCUCUGGUGUUUCUCAACCCGCCACGGCUACAUUAGGCCUAGCGGGACUAGUCUUCCACUUAGCGAGGCGCAUCGACGACUGCGUCAUUCAUUUCCAAGAUUGGCCACUGCAUGCUUGUUUUCGUUUUCGUUUCUCUCCUGACAUACGUUUGUUUGCAUCUUGCAUUUAUCCGUCUAUUGGGUAUGGAGUUCAUACUGGGUACUGAUCCCUGGCCAAACUCCCAUCAUGAUUUGGUUCAUCACUACUAUCAGCAGUACGAUGCGCAGAUAGCAUCGGGCGAGUUUGAUCCUUUUGUUUAUCCUUAUAGCGCAUACGGAGCAUUCUUGGUCAUUGUAUACUUAUGUAUACCACACCAAAACCGACCAUGGCUCAAGAAAUGUCGCUUUUUCGUUUGGGGUAUCUUGCUUGCGUUUGCAGCAUACAGUACCAAGUAUCAAAGAGCUAGGGGCAUGGCACCAGCACUAGGCUUAGGACUUGUACACGCAUGGAGUGUGGUCUAUCUUGCUGCACUUUUGGUGUUCAAUGACGCACAAACGGAUUUUCAGCGCAUCGAAAGGACAGAAGGACAGUUUGGCAGUGACCAAACUCAGAAGCAAGAGAGGACAAAAAUUGGAGCUAGUGUUAUAGACUCCAAUGGCCAUGUCCCGGAAAAUUCAACAGCCGGUCCUCGUGAUCGCCACGGCGAAUAUGCAUGGCAACCUUACCCGCUGUCGCCUUUCAUCGAGCGCCUCGACUGGGUAUGCGAUCUAUUCUGUAAUUUCCGUGGUGCAGGCUGGAAUUGGCGCACUUCUCCGCUCCCUCCGCCACCGAAGUGGCUUCAGGAGCAACUGUAUCGCAACUCAGGCGACGUGCCAAAACAUUCGUACCGCAUCCACGCAGGCCAAGUGACGACUUACCCCGACCGACACUCCUUGCUCGUCUCGAACGCCAAAACACUCCUCAAAGGCUAUCUGAUUCUUGAUGCUCUUAAAACAGUCAUGAUGCACGACCCAUACUUUUGGGGCAUGUUAUCGCGCCCACCACCAUCCUACUUCCCCUUUACGCUUCUGAUUCAGCCCUGGAUGGUACACACAUACCGUCUCUUCCUCAGCAUGAUUGCCGUCAAAUACGCGCUUCAAACGAUCUUUUCUCUUGCACCACUCGUCUUUGUCGGUAUCUUUGGCUCGUACAUCGGCGCGCGCUCAGAACCUUGGAUAUACCCCGAGACGUGGGGUUCGUUUACCGUCGUGCUGGACCGAGGGUUGGCUGGAUGGUGGAGCAGCUGGUGGCACCAGACCUUCCGGUUCGCGUUUGAGCAGCCGAGCUUGCGGAUCUGUGAGAAACUCGGGUUGGACAAACGGAGUGUGCCAGCGAAAGGAAUCCAGCUGUUGACUGCGUUCGGGUUGAGUGGCGUUCUGCAUGCGUGUGGCACUUAUACAGCUGCGGGACCUACGCAUCCUGUUUCGAACUCAUUCGCGUUCUUCAUGCUACAGGCGCUCGGCAUACUUCUCGAGACCAUUGUGUCUUCUGUGCUGCGCACAACGGGAAUUCAGAAGUAUGUGCCGGUGUGGGUCAUGAGGAUGUGGACGUUUGUCUAUGUACAUGUGUGGUUCUACCACACAGCGCAUUUACUGUGCAACGAUUUUGCAUUGGGUGGCGUUUGGCUCUUUGAGCCGAUACCCGUCUCGCUAUUCCGAGGACUAGGACUGGGCGCAACAAAACAAGAUGGAUGGUGGUGCUGGGCUGGAACUGUAGUGAGAUGGCAUACUGGGAAGCACUGGUGGCAGAGUGGCAUUGCUGCUUGAGUGAACAUAUCCUAGCAGCAUUGCAUAUUAAUUAAACCUCAAGGAUCUAAUAACAUGGCUUUGGCAAUAGGUGUUUGGAACCGGUUCAAAUCGUUGUUUUUGAUCAUCGAGACGAAAGUCAAUAUCAACGUGUGAACAGCA